GCAGUCAGAGGAAAUAUGCUUGACGCACAACUGCCCUCGCUGGACGAGCUCGCGCAUGAAGAAGUGUCUCAAUUCGAUAUGCUUGGUUCGUUGGUGGAAGACAGGGUCUUUGGUGAGGUGGAUGGUGCUCUCGUUAUCACACCACAGAGUCGGGGUCUGCUGAGGAUACCCGAGCUCAGCCAUGAGGUAGAACUCUUGAGAGAGAGUGAUGGUUCGAGCUUCGCGAUCCCGCGAGAUUUCCAUCCCAAGGUAGUUCUUGAGUUCCCCGAGGUCCUUCAUGGCGAGAGCGUCCCCAAGAGCUUGCUUAACAGCUGCCAGCUGAUCGGAGUUCUUGGAGACGAGAAUCAUAUCGUCAACGUACACGAGAAUGAAGAACGGGUUCUCGUUCUUGCGAAUGAAGAGACUCGGAUCGGCUGAGGAGGGGUGGAAGUCGAAUCCCCUUGGAGAAAUGCAGCAGAGACGUCCAUGGAGUGAAUGUCAAAGUUGCAUCGAGCAGCGAUGUCCAGCAGGGUCCGAAGCGUGGGCAGUUUGGCUGUCGGAGAGAAUGUGUCGAAGAAGUCCAGGCCCUUCUUCUGCGUGAAGCCUUUUGCACAGUAUCGUGCCUUGAAGACUGGGAGUUCGCCGGGCAGCUGCUUGACGCGAAAAACCCAUUUGCCACGGACAAUGUUAACUCCUCGCGGAGGAGAGACGUCCGUGAAAGAGUUGUUGCGAAUGAAUGCUUCACACUCCGCGAUCAUGGCUGCGAGCCACUGGGGGGAGUGUGGUCCGGAGAUGGCUUCAUCAUACGAGUUCGGGGUUGGAAUGGAUGGAUUUUCCGAGAAGUUAAGAGUUGGAGAGUCGGCAAGAUCGGGGAAAAGAUGGCAGA